GGACUGAUCGUUCAAGACGAACAUCAUUUCUCCAUACUUAAUGUCAGUGUCCAGACGGAGACAAAUGGCUGCGAUGACGAGAUGUUAUUAUUUACUGGCAGUGUCUGGUAGCAAUAUACACAGACCGAGAAACAAUAAUGUGGCAAAGCACAUGCUCACUGGCUUAUUUAGUACACAUUCUGUACAUUAGACCUGGAACAACACUUAAUAACAGGGAAUAUUACUAUGGACAGGUGCGUCCAAGGACCGCUACCACAAGUACGGUUUGUUAAAAAAAAGUUAUGUUAACGAGGCAACUAUUCUGGCCCGUUGUAUACUUUGCUUUGCGUUUUACUUAGAAGAUGAUUCAUUAAAGGAAUAUGAAGAAGAAUGCCAUUGUUGGUCAUGUCCCGGAAUACCAGAUGUAGUUAUGUUCCCCAGGUUGUCGGGGUUAAUUUCGGAUUCGGUGUUAUUGUUGGGCUGUUGAUCGGGUUCGUACUGCUUUGUGUGUCUUCACUUCAUUAUCCGACACUGGCGAACGGUUUUUUCGUCACCAUCGACAACAUCCAGUUUGUAGAAAAUGAAAGAUCGUCAGUGUUCCGAGAUGCCACUACUACAUUUACGACAGGAAAAACAAAGCAACCGGAGGAACAGGAUGACAAAUAUAUAAUGUACACAAAAGAGUUAAAUGUGAACACGAGGAAUCACACUUUAGUCAACGACUCUACAUUCCAUAAAGAUAAUGACAAAAUUGCAAAAGACUUGUGGCGGAAAGUUCGAAUUCUGUGUUUGAUAAUGACAAGUGAAAAUAACCUGAACACCAAGGCCAAGUAUGUAAAACAAACAUGGGCAAAGCGAUGUAACUCGGCCAUAUUUAUAACCUCAAAAACAAACACAGGAUUCCCGACAGUAGGGCUCGAUAUUCCUGAAGGGAGGGAACAUCUUACAGCAAAAACCAUGAAGGCCUUUCAAUAUAUAUUCAAAAGCCAUUUUAAUGAGGCAGACUGGUUUAUUAAAAUUGACGACGAUUCCUUUGUUAUUUUGGAAAACCUUCGAUAUUUCCUGUCAUCAUAUUCCCCAGAUGAUGCCGUGUACUUUGGACAUAGCUUUAAGUCGAUUGUGAAACAGGGUUUUUAUUGCGGUGGAGGAGGACAUGUUCUGAGUAAAGAGGCACUACGCCGUCUGGCCAUGAAUGGUCUCACGUACACUAGCUGUCAGUACGGAGAAGAGAUUGAUGUUGAGUUGGGGAAGUGUAUGGAAUACCUUGGUGUUGAGACUGCCGACUCUACAGACGCUUUAGGACGCAGUAGAUUCCAUUGCUUUGAUCUGGAAAAACAGUUAGCUGGCGUGUUCCCGGAAUGGUACUACAAAUACGAUGCAAAUGGAGCAAAGCAGGGUACGGACAGUGUAAGCGACUACGCCAUAUCGUUCCACGUCGUUCCGCCAUUAAAGAUGAAUAUGUAUAAACUUGAUUUUUAUAUCUACCAUCUCCGACCAUAUGGUAUUGACACUGGGCACCAAUCGCUAAACAUUCCACACGGUCAUCUGUAGUUUCUAUGGAAGUGACUGAAUGGCGAGAACCCACCGCCACUUCAGGUGUGGACAGUACAGUACACCGAGUGACUUUGGUUCAAAUACUGAAAACAGAGUGGGGUCAAAUUCACUUUUGAUAAGCAAUGCGCAUGUGAAGAGAAACAAGACAUUGGCUGCAUAAAAUGGCCGAUGAUCGAACUCGUCUUAUAUCAUUCUCUAAUUAGAUAUGGAGGAUGUCUAAGUAACUACUUCAGGUAUUGAAACUUGCUACUAGUUAUAACCAUUUCAUGUAACGUACUUGUUUUCGGGUGUUAAUAGUAAUUGACAUCAGUAACAUGAUGAUUGCCGCAACUAAUUGUAGUUAUAAACGGCGAGAAUUCUGCUCCUCUGUGAAAGUGGUCAAUAAUGUCAUCACCAAAAUUUCUCUAUAUAACAUGAUGGUUGAUAUCAGAGAUGUAACAUGGUAUCAAUAUAAUGUAUCGUGAAUCAUGACGUAAGGAUUUACGUCCUUUCUUUUCAAAUGUCUUCAUAUUUUGAUAUAAUACACAUCUUUUUACUUGCUAUCAUAAAAAGACAUGUUCGUGUGCUCCUGCUACGUAAAUAACAAUAAUAAUAAUAAUAAUAAAAAGUGUUUUAACUUGA